CACACCCCGAAACUGUCUCGUGUCGGUUUUUCUGACGAAUGAUCGCUCAGGAUUGCAACAUCGUGGCUCCGCCCCCCCGCACAGAUGACGACACCGCGGGGGGAAACAACGUAACCCAACAGAGCCGGAGUCAGUCCGAGUCCUCCACGGUCCUCCUCGGUUCUCUUCAGUCCGGGUCCCAAAGCUGUGGACACGAGCAGGGUCAGAGCAGACCAGGUCCAAGAGGGGUCAGACCGGAUCUACAACCGCACCGACACGCGGACAUCAGCUCACUUUUUUUUUUAAAAAACCGGGACACAGGAAGGCAGCAGGACUCGGUUUGACUCGGCUUUGUUCGCUUCAGCUCCGGAAACACAACGAAAAAAAAAAAAAAACCCCAACAAGUUUCCUGGUGAUUAUUUAAACUGUGGUUCAUGUUUGUUUCGUGUCCGGGUUCGAACCGACAGCCGAAUCGGACUCAGAGUGAAGAAGAAGCUCGACAACAGCUGAGUGACGACACGUUGCGCAACCGGCGGACGAUAAUAAGGACACAAAGACGUCAUCCCGCUCCAGUCGACCCAGUCCGACCCAGACCUGCUGCUCCCAGUCCGGCUCCACACUGCUGCACAAAACACUCGAGUUAUUACAUCCACACCAACUUCUGCUGCACCGACAGACAGAACCAGCUCCACACAGACUCUACUGGGUUUCUACUGGAUCUACUGGUUUCCUGUUGACCUGCAGUCCGGACCAGAAUCUGCUUAAAACACAAGAUGAACAAAGGUGUAUCUACAGCCAGGUCUCAGGUGUGUCUGAAGAGACUGUUGGACAAGCCCCAGGAAAAUUUACCCAAAUGUAAAGUAGCCCGCCUGACUCCGCACCCUCCUGCCACCGGCCUAUCACCCUGCCUCGAGCCCAGAAGCCCCGCCCCCGAGACCAACCAGAGCCAAUCCCCAUCCAGAGUUGGACAGUAUUUCCUGUUUGAACGCUGCGAGGGGGAGGAGACUUACAGGGCGGAGCACGCCCAAACAAAACAGCAAUACACCUGCCAGGUGAUUCCUCUCCGUGGUUACCAGGACCGCUUGGCUGCCUACAUCCGCAUCGGUGACCAUGAAAACAUCUGCGGCCUGCAGGACGUGGUGAUUGGCCAGGACAGCGUGUAUGUCUUCCUGCCCGGUCACCACGGCGACAUGCACGCGUACGUGAGAAGCAGGAAGCGCCUCGGCGAGGAGGAGGCGCAGCUUCUGUUCACUCAGGUGCUGAACGCCGUGACGCACUGUCAUCAGCGCGGAGUCGUCCUGAGAGACCUGAAGCUCCGCAGGUUCGUCUUCACCGACGAGCACAGGACUCGUCUCGCCCUGCUUGGCCUCAACGACUGCAUCCUCCUGCAAGAUAACCAUGGCGACGACUCUCUGACAGACAGACACGGCUGCCCCGCCUACGUCAGCCCCGAGCUGCUGACCAAUGGGAAAGGCUCUUACUCAGGCCGCGCCGCAGACAUCUGGAGCCUGGGCGUGUCUCUGUACACCAUGCUGAUUGGACGAUACCCAUUUCAGGACACGCAGCCCGCCGCGCUGUUCGCCAAGAUCCGCCGCGGGGCCUUCAGCCUGCCUGAUUGGCUGUCCCCUCAAGCCAAGUGUCUGAUUGGCUGCAUGCUGAGGAAGUCGCCCGCAGAGAGGCUGGAGGCUUCGGAGCUGCUGAUGCACCCGUGGCUGACCAAUCCCUGCGCGCCACAUCAGAACGUGCACAAGGCGCAUCACAGCUCACCAAAAACAUUACAGAGCAAACAAGAGGACGACGACCAGGUGGUGCCGACGUGGACAGAAAAACACUAACACACACAUGUUCGGACUUCUAUACUCGUGAGGACCUGCACUGAUAUAAUUCGUUUCCUAGACUCAACCAUUAUUAACUCCAACUCUGACACUAAACUGAACACAAACCAUACAAGAGCACGCUCACUACAAAGACUGAUCCUGGAUUACUUGACCCCGACCCUCAGGUGCCUUCCUCCUGCUGUAGCUGUGACGCGAUGCAAGCUCUGCCAUCUUAGAAAGGGGUGUGGUCUGUGACGAUGACCUCACCUGAAGGACUGAACCUGCUCCUCGUCUUCCACAAAUCUCAACUGAGCUCCACCAGUGUCAGACACAAACCAGUGUGUUCGUGGAGAAAGAACGUUUUAUUGAUCUGCUUCAUCGUCUGGUUACAUGAUCGUGUCAGAUUUCAGAAGUUGAUGACGGAUGUCUGAACACACCACUGGAUGCUGCUGCUUUCUUCCAUGUUUACACUUUCUGGUUGCUCCCAAGAAUGAUAAGAGAAGGAUCAGCGAGUGUAAAAGAUCAUUCUUAAAAAAACUGAAAUAAUCUCAGAGAAUAUACAAACUGUUUAACUUCUCUUUGACUUUCAAAUUUCAAAGUGUCUCAUCCUCUUUUGAUGAUCCCAGCUCGAUGGAAUUGAGCUGGUGUGACAGCUUGAAAUGUUUCAGGCCGGUUAUCUCAGAAUAACAACUUCAUUUAAUAAUUUCCUCAAAUACCUUUUUUUGUGGUGCUCAUAAUAAGUUUUCCUGAAGUUAACAAUUUACUCAGAUUCUUAUUUUUCAAUAUAAAAUGACAAAUAUAGUUCUCAUGACAUCUACUUUAGCCUGGGAUACAAACACAUUCCCAGUAAAAAGAAUAAUGUCAUGUGACCAAGGAAACAUCUGGAUCAUCAUCAUCCCACAAUAACAGCGCCGUAAAUUUGUGAUCUUGAGAAAAAUACUUCUGAUUCGUCACAUAACACUGUCAUUAAGUCUCUUAAGGAUAAAUGAUACAUGUGGUGAAUCAUAUUAAGAAAAUAAUGACGUUGUAAUCUUGAGAUAACCGGACUGAAGUUAUUCCUAUGACUCACAGACCUGCAGCCAGCCAAUAGGAUGCCUUCUUCUGUACGUGUCACUCAGUUUCAGCAGGAGAAUAAAUAAAGUGGUUUCACAAAC